UAGUAGUAUCCUGAGAUGUUUGCUAGAAAGCAUGGAGUCAUCAAAGGAUAUAAAAUUUAUUAUUGAUGAGACACUAGAUUUUGAUCCAUUUUCUCCAUUGGAUUGCACUUACUGCUGCUAUAGACAAGAAGAGGGAGAGUCUGUAACUUGUCCCCUUGAAGUCAGUGACAAGAGCGUGGCACAAGCAGUUGAUUUGAACAUCUUGUUGGAGGAGAAUGGUGGAAGGACCAAAGAAUCAACUUCCCAGUGGAGUCCUCUGACUCCAAUGAAGCUGGAGGAGGUCAUGAAAGAAGCUAACCAGCUGGCUAUGCAGCUUGAGAAAUGUCAGCUUCUGGAAAAGAAGAUCAGUUCUGAAACAAAGCUUGAGACAGUUCUAGAACAUGAGCUUCUACCCCCAAUCAGGUUUUUGUGUGCAGAGACUGAGGAUCCCAAGAAGUCCCGGAGAAAGACUUUCAAUGUGAAGAACAGCCCUUUGAAACCUCUGCUCCCAACAGUGGAACCAGUUAUCUGCUUGGCUCAAGGUUCCCCCAAAGCUCCAUUUUCCGAAGGUAAAAUUCCUUCUUCCCGCCUGGUGGACUUGCCUAGUGCCAGAAGACAUCAAAAUACAUCUUAUGUUUGCAGCACUGAUGUUCCCCAAGCUAAGCUCUCUGAACCCAAGGCCUUGAUGACAAUGACAUCCAGCAAUAAAAAGCAUCAGGCAACCAUCAGGAACAAUGGGAGAGAGAAACGACUCGUCCUCCCCACUACCACCAAAGGCCAGCAGCCAUUGCUGCAUGUGAAACCUCUCCCUCAAACCAGCAAAAGGAAAAUGCAGAGGAAGACAGAAACUUCUGCUAAAAAUAAUCCUGAUCAAGGCCCACAGGCUUCCUCUAAACAAGGGACAGUGCUUGCUGCACAAGUGAAAAGAAAGCCAAAUCCUCAGAUGUGUCUCCAGCGAACCAGCCCUAUGAAAAAACUUCCAGUUGCUCCAGAAAAGAUGGCACAUCUCCAGAAGACAAAUGCAAGUCAAGUGAAAACUAUGGGAAGCAACGGCCCCAAAAGACAAGCCACCUCCAAGCCUCGUGGUGGUUCUGGUGAGAUUCAAACAAGACACACUCCAAGCCAACUCCCAAUGCCAACCAAUCAUACUGCUUCUGUUUCAGGUAGAUUUACAGUUCCUGGGAAAUCCAGCCAGAUUAAACCAGUGAGUUCAGAAACAUCUGGUGGACAGAGAUCCACUAAACCAAUCGCUGGGGUUGGGAAGAAAGCUGCAUGUCAGAAGUCAAUCCCUCUGGGCACUUUUCAGAACAGCAGGCUGAGACUGCCAAAGACUUCUAGCAAUUCAAAAUGAGGGGAUGGAUCCCUGGGAUUUGAAGUGCCCUACCUCACCAUGUAAGUGUCCUACCUCACCAGUGUCAAUGGAAAAACAUUGAGUCUCUAAGACAGUUUGUGGGGAGAAAGUCAACCCACCAGGGGUGGGAUUCAUUUACCUUCCCUACCAGUUUGCAAAUGUGAGCACAUGCGCCGUGUCUGCACAUGCACACCGCUUUCUGCACACACACAGUGUUCACGCAUUGUCAGGGCGAGUGGGCGGAGCCUCCUGCAGCCACCGCUACUGGUUCGCCUGAACUGGAGAGAACCAGCUAAAUACUACCUCUGCAACCCACGUAUUAGUGGGAGAUUAUCUGCAGUGCUCAUUGGUUGAAUGAUCUGGAUACUAAACUUGUGUGGAUCCAAUGACUAGCAGCCAAAAAACUAUCCACAUUGUUUACAGAAACAAAAUCCCAAUCCUCAGAUUUAAAAAAGUACAUUAUUGAUUGGUCUAAAUAACGGAAUAGAUUUAAGGUAUAUGCAAAAAGUACAACACAGGUAGUCCUCGACUCA